AUGAGUUCACUUGUGUUUGUGUUUGCCGUUUUGUGUUUAAGUGGAGUUUGGGGUAUGAAGUUGGACUGGUGGAAUAAUGUUGAUAGUAAGUGCGGCGUUGAAGCAAGCACACACCUCGUCCACCACAACCCGUGGUUGGUAUAUCUCGAGUAUUGGCGAAAGGAUCUCGUAGAUAUCAGAUGCGCAGCUACCUUGAUUGAUAAGCGUCACCUUAUCACUGCCGCCCAUUGUAUUAAGAAACCUCGAUUUAAACGAUUAGUUGCACGUCUUGGAGAAUAUGAUUUAUUAUCAGACAAAGAUUGUGUGCAGGGUGUGUGCACCGAUCCUUUAGUGAAAAUCGACGUAGAAAAUGUCUAUGUGCACCCUGAAUAUGAUGGCAGAGAACACGACAUCGCUAUUGUAAGACUGGCUGAAGAUGCUCCUUAUACUGAUUUCAUUCGUCCUGUCUGCUUACCGAAAGGAGAACUUAAGACUGAUACUACAUUCUUCGCUGCUGGUUGGGGUGAAAUCCCAAUGAAAGGAAUCUACGCUCACGAUAAGAAAAUCAUUCCUUUACCUUUAUGGAAUAAAAAAGACUGUCAAGCUUCCUAUAAACACAUUGUCCUACCCGAGAGUGUGAUCUGCGCUGGCGGUCAGGAAGGUAUUGAUACUUGCAGAGGUGAUUCUGGCGGUCCAUUAACUAGGGUUCAGGAAACAGUUGAAUUAUUUGGUGUGACCAGUGGUGGCAACGCCCGUUGUGGAACAAAAAACUACCCUGGCAUCUAUACAAAAGUGGUUGAUUACCUCGAUUGGAUUGAAGCAGUAAUUAAAUCUUAG